ACAGCGGAGCAUCUCUUCUCUCGCAUCAGCAUCACGGGGUUCAGUCGCUCCUUCUCCAUCACCGAGGCUGGGAGGAGUCUAUCCAACUUGUGGAGCGUCGUCCGUCCUUUGGGAAGACACCCACACACAUCGUCUUUAGUAGUUGUUGUAGUUCGGAGACAAUAAACCGGUGUUGCCGCUCGUCGGGGGAAACCUUCGCUUCAUCCGGGGAGUCUCAUCUUGAUCUCGACUCAAAGGAAGUUGAAACAAACAGCUGUGCGUGCGUGUAAUUUGGGUGCCAAUCAAGCAGCCAUGGACGCGUUAAUGAAAGGUUUCCACAAAGCCAAGGAUGGGGUCGUAGCAGUGGCGGAGAAAACGAAGCAGGGAGUGACUGGAGCAGCUGAGAUGACGAAAGAUGGGGUUAUGUUUGUCGGUAACAAAACAAAGGAUGGAGUCACAACAGUUGCAGGUAAAACUGUGUCUGGAGUAUCUCAUGUAGGCGGAGCGAUGGUUACCGGGGUUACUGCUGUGGCCCAGAAAACUGUGGAGGGUGCAGGCAAUAUUGCUGCAGCCACUGGACUGGUCAAGAAGGGUCCAGCCAAACAAAGUGAUGACGUCUCAGCUGCACAGAACCUGGCUGAGUCACCGGUUGAUAUUGAUCCUGCUGAUGCUACAGAGGAGGACUCCGAUGAAUAAACUGAGAGCUUCAAGGAUCAAUCAAGGAUCAAUGACUGAAACAUUCCAUGUCGCUCUGCCAAGUCCCGUCGUGCCUCGUUUUGGUCCUCUAUGGAGUCUGUGCCCAGCAUCUGUGUUUGCGUGUUUCUGGUGGCGCUCUUAUGUACGUCUCUACAACAGUAUAUGUGUAAAUACUGUAGAGAAGGGGAGAUGAUGUGUGGGUGUGUGUGUGUGUGUGCGCGUGCCUUUUGCACAUCAGUCCUGACCGGGACCUCAGGUGUGUGUCUUCUGUGACCAGCUGUCAUUUACAGCGACUCCCUCCCACUGAGAAGGCUGCCUGGUCACUGUGUGUGCACGUGUGGGUGUCAAUAUGUACACUUCUGUCAACUGUGUGGCUACGUCAAUAUCUCAUCCAUGGAAAUAUGCCACAAUUGAUCACUUCAAGCACCUAAGUGUCUCUAUAUAAAUGAACCAUUGACAGUGAUCUGGUUGUAAUGGAAACAUAAUGAUCGUCUCUAUUUUCGUCUGUACUGUCACUGGCUUUCGCGGUGGACUGAAGUGUUGAGCUAUUAGUGCAUUCAUAACUGUAUUUUUUACGUUAUCACUGCUUUAACAAAUCUACAUAUAUAUACCAUGUUGAAUAAACUUUUGAAAAACAAGAGCAUGUAAAGUACUAUUCAGCUUUGUCGCUGUGAUGUGAAUAUAUCUGAAGUGUUGAAUAAAAUAUGCAAAAAAUGGAA